UUUGCGUGGGAUGGGCGUCUUGUUUUAUAGUCAUAAUCGGCUCAGGAUUAGCAUUAUCAAUGGUGUGAUUUGGGGUUGAGUUUCUUUGGAUACUUAUCUCUUUUGAAGCUAGAGCAUUCAUAACGGGUUUUGUUUUGAUUUGUUUAGCUGCUUCAGCAUAGGAAAGGGUUAGGUCACUUUUCAUUUUGAGACGUUUUUUUUUAUUUUUUAUCCUUGUACUUUGGGCAUCUUGGAUAAGCUGCCGAGUGUGGGCCUGAACAAUUCACGAAUUUGGACGCCAAUUCUUGAUAAGGGCAAUCUCCACAACAUCUUUAACAACGCUGGCUUUUUGAGCGACAUUUUUUGCUCAAAUGACCGAAUUUUGGCAUUUGUAGCAAUACAUAUUUACACUGGAUUUUUAUGCGGCUUUAAAGUUUGGUAGUACAUAUGGGAAAUCCAAAACGGACUGGAAAAAAAACUUAUGUCGACCCCAACGGCCAGCUAUAAUCAUCAUCAGGUGAACGCUUAUUCCGAGACAGCACGCACUUGGAUAUGAAGCUCACUAUGGUUUAUGCUUUAUGAAUGUCGUAGAUGGUAGUAUUGGCGUCAAAUUCUACUAAACUUGGUGUUUACUUCGAAACAUUGGUGUAGCUACGUGGAGCACAAGAGAGUAACCAUGAAAGAUAUGAAUGGUAAGAAGGUGAUAUCAUUUUGUCUAGCAGCGCUUACGUUUUUUUCAAUUGGUGAAUUUUACCGAUUUGAUGUCCUUAGGAACAACCAGAACGAUAUUCACAACGCGCCCCCGAUUGCUCCACACUGGUUAAUUCGGAAUGCUAGCGGAGUAAGAAACAACCUGCUUGAACCAGAAGCUGACGUGGAGAGUUCUUCCCACCUUCAAAAUGAAACAUCGCAAUCUGAAACUAAGCCACUUUGUUACCGUCAGGUCCAGAUAUGGAGAGGCAGCGCGAGCCCCCAGACGCCGGAAAAAUCUCAAUGCCCAGGGCUUGAAUGUGGAAUUAGCUUGGUCGAGGAUACGAGUUAUGAGACCAUGGUGAAAAGUGACUCCGUAGUUUUCUUUCAUCGAUCGCGGUGGGAUUGGACAGAGAUGCAAAGGAGACGCCCAUUAAAUCAAGCCUGUUUUUUCUAUUCCUUAGAGAGUCCUCGAUACACGAACGGAAAUGCAAUACCACCCAGUAAAUAUGACCGCAUAUACAACUACACGAUGUCAUACAGGCCAUCGUCAACGAUACACUUACCGUAUGGUUUCUAUGAUGAGACCAUACCGCAGAUUUCUUCUGAUAAAAAUCGAAAUUGGGCCAAGGAAAAAACUGGAUUAGUGGCCUGGGCUGGAUCCAAUUGCGGUACAGCUUCUUGGAGGCGUUAUGAAUUUGUUAAAACACUUGCAAAGCACGUCAGCGUCGACAUGUAUGGAGGUUGUGGGAACAUAAAGUGUCCUAGGAACUCAGAUGACUGCUGGGAGCGCAUUAGGAGUCAUAAGUUUUACCUGGCAGUGGAAAACAGUGAAUGCAGGGACUACAUCACAGAAAAGUUCUGGUCUAAUUCUCUCAGCCAUGACAUUGUACCCAUCGUCUAUGGCCCUCCACGGGGAGAUUAUGAGCGCGUUGCGCCCCCCAAUUCAUUUAUACAUCUACAGGAUUUUAAAGAUUUUGCUGAGCUCGCCUAUUAUAUACACCUUCUUGAUUCAAAUGAGACAUUGUACAAUUCAUAUUUUGAAUGGAAGAAGCAAGGGUCAGUACGGAGCGUUAGAGAAAAGGCACUUAAAUCUGCACCAUUUAUGUGUAAAGUAGUCGCGAAAGUAUUAGAUUAUGAAAAGAAAUUAACCGGUCGUUACAAGGGUGAGUACCAGGGAGAGGAAAAGGAGCAUCCUUCCAUACACGAUUUCUGGUCAACCUCUUGCAUUAAACCAACCGGCUUCCCACAUGAUUUCUAAUGUCAUUCCUGAUAUAUAUCGAGGGGUCAGUGACACAAAGACGUAACUCCAUUUUGGCCAUUUUAAGAAGAAAAAAAAAGGUGGUUUAUGUGUCACUGAACACUUGGGCCUUAAGGAGAUAAGUCUACGUAUCACUAGCCUUUGAAAUCAAUGGGGUGUUGGUGGAGUUAAGUCUUUGUGUUUCCUGGAAAGCACACAUUUUUUUGAACAUAUUAAUAUAAAAUACUCAUU